AUGGACCCCGACGCGCAAGACGUCGAGGGCAGGACGGCGCUGUUUUUCGCGAGCGCGAACGGGCAUCUCGAGAUAGUCGACAUCCUGCUCGCGAGCAAAGCGGACCCCACGAUGACGAACGCGCAAGGGAACACCGCGUUGCACUGGGCGUGCGUGAACGGGCACGAGGACGUCGUCGUCAGGCUCCUGAGAAGGGCGCGAAGCCGAACGUGGUCAACGCCGGCGGGAGAACGGCGCUGGACGAGGCGAUGCACAACGACAGGCGGGCGUGCGUUGACGCGAUCAUGA